GAGCUCAUCACAGAGGGAGGCCGCCCAGGACUUGCCAGCUCACUGCAUAUAGGUCAUGGUGGCCUAAAUCAACUAGGAGGAGCAUUUGUGAAUGGGCGUCCCCUCCCAGAAGUGGUGAGGCAGCGCAUUGUGGAUUUGGCGCACCAAGGCGUGCGUCCAUGUGACAUCUCUCGGCAGCUGAGGGUCAGUCAUGGAUGUGUCAGUAAGAUUCUUGGCAGGUACUAUGAAACAGGCAGUAUCCGGCCAGGAGUCAUUGGCGGCUCAAAGCCUAAAGUUGCCACCCCAAAAGUGGUGGAGAAGAUCGGAGAUUAUAAAAGGCAAAAUCCCACCAUGUUUGCCUGGGAAAUCAGGGACCGGCUGCUGGCGGAGGGAGUAUGUGACAAUGACACUGUGCCCAGCGUCAGCUCCAUCAACAGAAUAAUACGCACCAAAGUUCAGCAAUUAUUUAACUUACCUAUGGAGACCUGUGUGAAAUCCUUAAGUCCAGGACAAACUCUGAUCCCCAGUUCAGCUGUGACUCCUCCGCAGUCGCCCCAUUCUGACUCUCUUGGUUCUACAUACUCAAUCAGUGGAUUGUUGGGGAUAACACAGCCAAGCUCUGAUGGAAAACACAAACUGGAUGAUAGUGAUCAGGACAGCUGCAGGCUUAGCAUUGACUCUCAGGGUAGUGGUGGACUGAGCCGGAAACAUCUGCGGGCAGAAGGCUACAUUCAGCACCCUUUAGAUGGGUUGGAGUGCCCCUUCCAGAGACAACACUUUCCUGACUCCUACCCCUCAGCUAGUCACAGCAAGGCCGAGCAAGCUCUCUAUCCUCUACCCCUGCUCAACAAUGCAAUGGAUGAUGGGAAAUCAGCACUGGCCUCUUCUAAUGCCACACUCAGCAGGAACCUGUCCACGCACCAGGGGUACUCCACUCUCUCAGAGCUGUCAUCAUUUUCCAUUAAACAAGAGCCAUCUGACAGUUCCAGUGCAGGCUCCACCCCUCCAUCAAUAUAUAGUCCCGCUUUUUUGGAUUUGCAGUCAAUUGGUUCAGCAGCUGCAGCCACACCCUUCAGUGCGUUUUCUCCUGCAGCUUCUGUGUAUGGACAGUUCACCGGUCAGGCAGUUACAGGGCGUGAUGUUGUGGGGUCAACUCUGCCAGGGUAUCCACCGCACAUACCCAGUGGUCAAGGAAACUAUGCUUCAUCUGCCAUUGCUGGAAUGGUUGCAGCAGGAAGUGAUUACUCUGGUAAUGCAUAUAGCCACGGGGCUUACGCCGCAUACGGAGACAGCUGGCGGUUCCCUGGUUCCAGCCUGCUAAGUUCUCCCUAUUACUACAGCACUGCUGCAAGAACUGCACCCACCCCGGCCACUGCUGGAGCAUACGACCUCCUGUAG